UUGCCGGUUAGACUUCCUGUUUUUAAUUCUGUAUUUAAGUGUUUUCUCUAACCUGUCAUUUAACAGUGAACACGUCACAUCUAGAGUGGAUUUAUAGAUACGAGGUGCAUAGUCAGGUAGACAUAACCCACCUUUGGUGUCAAAAAGACUCUUAAACAAACAGGUCAGCUAAGGUAAUUUACCAGCUAAUGCUACUGGCUAAUGCUAACAGGCUAUCGUAUUUACCUGCAUUGACAGCCGAGAGACGGACGUUUCUCGAGGCUUUCCUUUAAUCAGUACCGGUGGUUUAUCACGUUAAGUAGACAAAACAACCCUCAGUCGGAGGUCCGUUUACUAUCUAACACCAUGGCCAACCUGCUUUCAAUGCAAUGCCUUGCUACUGUAAAGAAAUCAGGAAACCUAAUUCAUUUAAGAACAGCUGCUUUUGGCAUCGAUAAGAGAAACUACAGCAGCAAUCAAGUAACGAGGGAGUAUCUGCACCAAAGUGUGGUACCAUCGAUGCAUUAUCAGAAGAGUUUACCCAGGCUUCCCAUUCCAAAACUGGAGGACACUAUCAAGAGGUAUUUAGCUGCUCAAGGACCUCUGUUGGAUAGUGAACAGUUCAAAACAACAGAGAAACUUGCACAGGAUUUCCAGAAUGGUGUUGGGAAACAGCUGCAUGAAGAACUGGUUGCUCAGGACAAAAAUAAUAAGCACACAAGCUACAUCUCGGGACCAUGGUUUGACAUGUAUCUUUCUGCACGUGACUCUGUGGUGCUUAACUUCAACCCCUUCAUGUCCUUCAAUCCCGACCCAAAGCCAGAGUACAACAACCAGCUUGUCAGAGCGACCAAUAUGGUGUGUUCAGCUGUACGCUUCAUGAAAACGCUGCGAGCUGGGAUACUGGAGCCAGAGGUUUUCCAUCUUAACCCAGCAAAGAGCGACACAGAUGGCUUUAAAAAGCUAAUCCGUUGGGUCCCGUCUUCACUGUCCUGGUAUGGAGCGUACAUGGUUAAUGCUUACCCCUUGGACAUGUCUCAGUACUUUCGCCUCUUCAACUCAACUCGGGUUCCAAGAAAGGGCAGAGAUGAGCUCUUUACUGAUGAUAAGGGGCGGCAUCUGCUUGUAAUGAGGAAAGGCAACAUGUAUGUGUUUGACAUUGUAGACAGGGAUGGGAAUUUGGUGAGUCCUGCAGAGAUCCAGUCCCACUUGAAGUACAUAUUGUCCGACCCAACGCCAGCGCCCGCCUUUCCUCUCGGCGUCCUGACCAGUGAGAACAGGGAUGUGUGGGCUGGAUUAAGGGACAAGUUAGCUGCUGGAAAUGCAGAGGAUUUACGUGUUGUUGACAGUGCACUUUUCUGUCUCUCUCUGGACGAUGAAGCCAUGAAGGACCACAUCCACAUCUCUCACAACAUGCUGUACGGCGAUGGCUGCAACCGGUGGUAUGACAAGUCCUUCACCAUCAUUAUGACCAAAGACGGACAGGCAGCAAUCAAUUUUGAGCACUCCUGGGGUGAUGGUGUAGCUGUGCUCCGCUUUCAGAAUGAGAUCUUUAAAGACACAACAGAGAAGCCGCUGGUUCACCCGGGCUCUGCCCCUGCUAAUGUAGAUUCAGCCUCGGCUGUGCGCAGGCUGCAGUUCAAGCUAGACAGCGAGCUGGAAAAUGGCAUCAAGAAAGCCAAGGAGAAUUUUGAUUCAGCUGUGUCGAAACUAACUAUUGAUGCUAUGGAGUUCAAGAAAGGUGGGAAGGAACAGUUAAAGAAGAGCAAGUUGAGUCCAGAUGCUAUCGCACAGCUGGCUUUUCAGAUGGGUUUCCUGAGGCAGUAUGGGCAGACUGUGGCCACAUACGAGUCAUGCAGCACAGCAGCAUUCAAACAUGGCCGCACAGAAACCAUCCGGCCUGCCACCAUGUACACAAAAAAGUGUGCAACCGCCUUUGUUUGUGAGCCUGGACAACACAGUGUGGAGCAACUGCGUGGCAUGCUUGAUGAGUGCUCCAAGUAUCACGGGCAGCUCACUAAGGAAGCAGCUAUGGGCCAAGGGUUUGACCGUCACCUGUUCGCCAUGCGAUACCUCGCCAAUUCCAAGGGACAGUCUCUUCACAGUCUGUACACAGACCCUGCCUACGCCGCUAUCAACCAUAACAUCCUCUCCACCAGCACCCUCACCAGUCCAGCUGUGAGCCUCGGCGGCUUCGCCCCAGUGGUGCCUGACGGCUUUGGUGUCGGCUACGGUGUCCAUGACAAUUGGAUCGGCUGCAACGUGUCCAGCUACCCGACUCGUAACGUCCAUGAAUUCCUGCAGUGUGUCCACAAAUCUUUGGAGGACAUUUUCACGGUGUUGGAGGGAAAAGCACUCUGCUAAAAAUGUGCUUUUUUUUUUGUAUCACCAAAGAGGAAAAAUAUAUAGUUUUACUAAAGAGUGAAGGUAAGAGUGGCUAUCAUUCUUAGCCCUCAAAUUGUCUUUAAACUUGACUGAGAAAGUAUUCGAAAGUAAAAUGAUUCAAUAUUUUUUUAUGCAGGAAAGAAAAAAAGUUGAAUAAUGGUGCUUCAGCGUUUGGGAAUGAAUCAAGACCUUUGCAAUACAGAAUGGAAUGUAAAAUGUACUGUUUGGAUAUUAAUGUAGGUGUAAUAUAGUUAAUCUUUUUAAUCUUACUGAAGAAGACCUCUAUCAUCCAAACAAAUCCAUACCAUUCUCAAAAAAAAAAAAAAAAAAAAAAUCCAACAUCAUCAC